UCCAAACGUGAAGUUACACAGAGGCCUCUUUAUAUAUAAACCCAAUUAGUUCCAACCAUUGCAUUUCUGUAUAAACCUGCAAUACUUAUUCAUCAUAACUCAUAAGUUUUUUUUGGUAUUCGGAUAAUAACAGAACAAAAACAAACCCCUAUAAUUCAUAUAUUUUUAAAGCAAACCUUUUUUCUUGAUCCUCCCCUCUUUGUACCCUUCUUUUUUGACAUGGCUUGUCUGGUUGCUCGGACGGGAAGGGAAUUGCAGAGGUACAACAUGGGCCGCCGACAAGUCGUAGGAUGCAUUCCUUAUAGAUACAAAAAUGGCAGUGAUGGUGCGAUCAGCGAUGAAUUGGAAGUGCUUGUGAUCACUUCACAGAAAGGCAAUGCAUUUAUGUUCCCUAAGGGUGGUUGGGAACUUGAUGAAUCCGUAGAAGAAGCUGCUUCACGAGAAUCACUAGAAGAAGCGGGUGUUGUGGGCAAUGUUGAGUGUGAAUUGGGAAAAUGGAGUUUCAUGAGCAAAAGCCAGGAGACAUACUAUGAAGGGUACAUGUUCCCUUUGUUAGUGAAGGAGCAACUGGAUCUAUGGCCCGAAAAGAACGUUCGUCAAAGAAUCUGGAUGAGUGCUGCGAAAGCUAGAGAAGCUUGUCAGCAUUGGUGGAUGAAGGAAGCCUUGGACAUUUUGGUUGAACGGCUUACCUCAGCACAGAAUCAAGAGGAAGAAGAUGCACUGGCUUGCUCUUUAAGUUGAUUAAUCAUUAAAAAGUUUCCCAUUAUUUUGUACAUAGACACUGCUGAUCAGAAGCAGUUUCCGUAUACAGCCAGAAGAUUGGACUGUAUAUAGGGCAAACCUCAGGCAGACAAAAGUGUAAGAAAGGGAAAUUAGUUUUUAGUUUUGUGUUGUCAUUGGGUUUUUUUAUAUUAGUUAGCUCUCCUCCCCUUCUGAUGAGAGGGCAGAUUGAUAUGUUAUAGAGCAACUGUAGAAAAAGCGAGUUACUUGUCUCAUUCAUGUUAUCAAAAGUACUACAAAUCUACGAAUUGUUGUUGUUGAUUC